CGCUUGUAGAUCCCGUCCUGCCCGCCAAGCUGCCCGCUAGCUCAAGCUAUCAUAGUAGGGGAGGGGCACACCGAGCUUGCCGGUUAUGGUGCGUUAUCGACCUAUUCAACUGUCCAGUCGGGAGGUUCCAAUUAAACCUUAUGACCUGUGACCUUGUGGUGAAACAUACGAUCAAUACUGUCUGUCCGCUAGAUUUUCAAUUGGUCAUAUUUCUAUAAAGGGUCUUUGUUUCUGUGUUGCACAAUGUCGAAGCGGUUCAGUCAAUCUGCCUUUUUACGACCACAAUUCCUAAGAACCAGACCCCCUCCUCGACGAUCAUUCACAGUUGGCGCAAACCGGCCCAAUAAGUCGCGUUGGGCCAACGGAGCUGCUGUUGCUGUCAUUUCAUUAUCGGGUUUGCUCUUCGCAAUGGCGUCCCAGAAACCGGUUAAGUUCGAUGCCCGCUCACUCGCCGAGCUCGACGAGCGAACGAAACGCGAAAAGGGCAUUGAUGAGAAUUCCCCUAUGCGUUUGCGUAUGGAGCAGUUCAUUCGCGAACAGCAAAAGGCCAUUGUUUUCGAGCUUGAGAAAUUGGACGGCAAGAGCUUUCGUGAGGACACGUGGUCCAGGGAGAAGGGAGGUGGUGGUGUCUCCUGUGUCUUGCAGGAGGGCAACGUGUUCGAAAAGGCUGGCGUGAACAUCAGUGUCGUGUAUGGGACGCUGCCGAAGCCUGCUAUUGCAAAAAUGAGGGUCAACCACAAAAAUCUUGCCGAAGCCGAUGAACUCGACUUCUACGCGCUAGGUCUGAGCAUGGUCCUGCAUCCUCACAACCCAAUGGCACCAACCGUGCACCUAAACUACCGCUACUUCGAGACUAUGCUGCCGGACGGUACGCCACAAGCCUGGUGGUUUGGCGGAGGUAGCGAUCUGACCCCGAGCUACCUAUUUGACGAGGACGCCGUACACUUCCACAAAACAUUGAAGGAGGCUUGUGACAAGCAUAACAAAGACUACUAUCCCAAAUUCAAGAAAUGGUGCGACGAGUACUUCUGCAAUACGCACCGGGGUGAAUCCAGAGGUAUAGGUGGUAUUUUCUUCGACGAUCUGGACGAGACUGUGGCCGAUGCCGACAACACUUUCGCCUUCAUCCAAGACUGCCUUAAGAGCUUCUUGCCCUCCUACUUGCCUAUCAUGCAAAAGAGAAAGGACAUGCCUUUUACCGCAAAGGAGAAGGAGUGGCAGCAGGUGCGGAGAGGCCGAUAUGUGGAAUUCAACUUAGUUCACGAUCGUGGAACAGCGUUCGGUUUGAACGUCCCUGGUUCCAGAGUCGAGAGCAUUCUAAUGAGUCUCCCAUUGACGGCGUCUUGGCGGUAUAUGUAUGAGCCUGAGCCGAGAAGUCGGGAGCAAAGACUAGUCGAAGUUCUCAAGAACCCCAAAGAAUGGGUGUAACGAUUUGCUUACGCGAAAUGUAGACCACGAAUAUACUGGAAAGGCGCAAGAAGAGGAAACUUACAAGGGCUGUGUACAAAAUCAGAUACCAUUUACUUAAUAGAUACACAGGUAUAUACAAGAAGUUACGAUAAUAUCUUAUUGCAUUUGUCUUAUUAUUUUACACCUGUAUCGACUUUAUGAUCUUGGUCACUUUGUGAUAUGGGAGUCGUUGCAAGUACAUAGGUAGGUAGGCAUGUAUUCCGUAGAUAGUGAUAACGUAUUGACUAAACUGUAGUUAAUCGUACAACCUGACAUUUCACAUAUCCAUAAUAAAAAAUCAAUCCCUUGUCUCUAAUAAGGCUGAUAAUAGAGUUUUGGUAGAUCGUCUGUAUUCUCAAUUAGAGUUUAUUGGAUAAUAUGGGUGAGGACCCGACAGGACGGGAACCGUUUCAACUUUUUGACGUUGGACCAUUUAAUGUCCCGAGAGCACGUGCCAAGUCUUGAUUUCGUGUAAAUCAUUAGGUGGAUUAAUCUUGGUGGGGCUGUGACAGACGCGGCAGGAAAAAAGACAUGGAACCUUAGGAACCUUGGAAACCUUGGAAGGUCCUACCCGUAUGAGGUGGUGUCAUCAAAGAGAAAUCGAAAAAGACUAUAACUCGGCUUCGAAAGCUUAAAAAAAGUAAACCAAGCUCAACU